CAGGCAUUACUGAGACAGCUACCCCGCACAGUGGUAUAUUGAAGGCCCCCGUCUAGCAGACUGCUUUCUCUCGACAGCAAACACGGACAUGGCGGAUUACGAUACCUACGAUGACCGGGCUUACGGCAGCUUUGGUGGCGGAAGAGGAUCCCGAGGUGCAGGUGGGCCAGGCGGACCCCGCAAGCAGAAGGAGCUCCCAACAGAGCCUCCAUACACAGCAUAUGUAGGCAACCUGCCCUUCAACACAGUACAAGGAGACAUAGACGCUAUCUUCAGAGACCUCAGUGUGAGGAGCGUGCGACUAGUCAGAGACAAAGAGACCGACAAGUUUAAAGGUUUCUGUUAUGUCGAGUUUGAUGAUUUGGAAUCUUUAAAAGAGGCUUUGACAUAUGAUGGCGCUCUGCUUGGAGAUCGAUCACUGAGGGUGGACAUUGCAGAGGGCCGGAGACAGGAGCGAGGCGGUGGCUUUGGCUUCCGAAAAGACGACAGAGGCCGCGGUGCCUCACGGGGGGCCAGAGGAGGGGGACGAGACUCCAGAGAUGACUUCGACCAUUCAGGAGGAGGGUUUAGAGGAGAUGACGACUUCAUGGGUGCGAGGAGUCGUGGAGGUGGUCGUCCCGGUGACAGACGGGGUGGUGGUGGUGGUGGUGCUGGUAGUAGUGGAGCAAUGGGCCGCUACAGAGACGGACCACGUGGAGGCCCGACAGACUUCAGAGAACCCUCUGAUGAGGAAAGAGCACAGAGACCAAGGCUACAGUUGAAGCCACGCACAGUCUCCGAGCCCCUGAACCAAGUGGCCAACCCAAAUUCGGCCAUCUUUGGGGGUGCCAAACCCCGGGAGGAGCAUUGAUAUUGCUGUGUGGCUGCGUUAUACCGGAAGGCUAGACUGGAUCUACGGGCUUUGGCCAGCAAAAAAAAUCUUUCAAGGUGCCAAGCCUCCCCACUUGGCUAAAAAGAAGAUGAUUGAAAACGAGGCACGGCAUGGGUUAACACCUAACCGUGACUUAUCUGCUUUAAGUGAACGUCCUACACACCUAAACAAGACUCUGAGGACAGUGGCUUCAGUUUCAUUCUGUUGCCUUUGGGUAAGGACCUUACAGUAUGUGCUUUUUUUUUUUUUUUUUUUUGGUCUCCUUAUUCCCAAGGCAUUGUCAUGGUAAAUAAUUUUGAAAUGUAAGAAAACAGGAACGAUUGCUACCCAGUUGUGUCUUCUGUAUUGCUUCCUAACUUGCUGCUCAGUUUAUUAAAUAACAUUUUAGUUCCCACUGUCUUAACCAUGAAACAAUUUAAAUGUUAGGAGAACCUAGAUAUUCAUCUUAUUUGUACAUACUUCAAUGUUUUUUGGAAGAUUUUUUUUGACCAUGUCUGUGUAAUCCAGGUGAGAAAUGCUUUCUGUGAUAAAGAUACAGCCACACUAUUAGUAGAAAAGUGAAACGAAAGCAUGAUAGACAUGAUCAUGGAUUUCAGCCACAGUGUUAGUCAGGCUAUUAAAUUCCACAGCAUGCACUUCAUCCAAAAGGAAAAAAAAAAAAUCAAGAGAGUUAAUUAUAGACCUCUAACACAGUCAGUAAUACUGCUUUCACAUAGGAAACUUAAUGAACAAACAUCACACAUUUCCCAUCAAGGUGACAUCAGACACUAGUCUUGUCUACUAUUAGAUCGAGUGUAAAUUUCUCUUUGGGUAUCCAUGUGUUGCAAGCAUUUUAUUUUACAUUUUACUGGACAUGAAAGACGUAGAGCAUUUUCUUACUGUACUAUAAAAAGAAUUGGCUGUUUUUAUUCUUUUUUGUUUUUCUUUUCAUUUUCCUACACUGUUUAUGGCAAUAAAAUAUAUCAUCUUAAAAGUG